UAAAUGCAGGUAUUCCGGCAGGUACUAUCACAGCUGACAAACUUUACAGAGCAUUACUUGACACACUGACGGAUAAAGAGUUAAUAGAAAGAGCUGCGGAAAUGGGUUUAAAAGUUAGAAAAAGCAAAGCGCAUUGUCCAGUAGCUAAAAUAGUUAAGUAUAUAGAGAAUUAUUGGGAUAGUAUGAAUUGGGACGAUCUUUCUUUAGAAGGCGAUGGUAGCAAAAGUUCUGCGAGUUCAGAAA